AUGGUAACCAGGGGUGUCUUUGCAGCGAGAGGGUGCCCUUAUGGAUGGGUGCCUUAUGCUGAGUCUUGCUACUUGGGUCUGGAUGGAUCCAUGGAGGGCAACUGGAUCACUGCCGUGAUGCAGUGUGAUCGUAACAACGCAUCUAUAAUGCUCCCAAGCUCAGAUUGGGAGAAUAAAUUCAUAUUUACUUCAUUUCAGCUCAAUGGAAACCAAUUAGACGGCGUUUGGAUCAAUUGUAAUGAUGCUGAAGUUGAAGGUGAAUGGAAUUGCAACGAGGAUGGUAAAGAUCCGACUGAAUAUCGGAAGUGGGAGCCAGACCAACCAGAUAGUGAGGGGUGGCAUCAUGAUCAGGAUUCUGGCUUCAUGAUAACCCGUGAUUUCAAGAGUAACCCAGGUAUACUUGGUUAUUGGGGUGAAAGUGAGCCAAGAGCUGCGAUGUUCAUCGUCUGUGAGCGUCGCCGUCAAGAUAGAUGUGGGUAA